GGAGUGGGAUUUUUUAACGAUAGUGUAAUAGCACGAAAUUCUCAUUUGUCGAAGAAGUGAGCGACUGGUAGAUAACAAGAGUAAAGUAGUAUUUGUCCCGCCCCCUGGUUUUUUUUCUUACCUGUUUGCAUUGUGUAGUCAUAAUUUACAAUAAACUGACGGCAAGGAACAAGCAACUUCUAUAAUUUAAGUGCAGCCCUUUAAUUACAGGACCAUUAUAUUUCAUUUGAUUGAAUAUACCGUGCACGCUUGGUUUAGGAGUAUUUAAACAUCAAGUGUCUAUGAUCUGAGGCCAUUCUGCCAUCUGACCGGGACGUUUUAACUAAACAAAUCUUUUCGGAGAAGACAAAAAAAUGUAAAUCUGGAUUAUAUUUGUAAAAAUUUUUGGGAAAUUGAAACAAAAAAAGAAUUUUUAGGAUGAAGUUGAAAAGAGAUUUCGGAUUAUGGGAGAUGUGUUUCCUUAGUGUAGUUACUCCGUCCAUGUGUUUUAAUCUGAACAGUCGUUCCGGCGAUACUUGUGAGCCUAUAGAUAUUCCACUGUGUAAGCACAUGCCUUACAAUAUGACUCGAAUGCCAAACUUGUUACACCAUAGCUCUCAAGAAAACGCAAAUCUCGCUAUUGAACAGUUUCAUCAGCUCAUAGAGCAAAACUGUAGCGACGUUCUUCAAUUUUUUCUCUGUGCCAUGUACGCACCAAUUUGUACUGUCAAUUUUCAGCACGAGCCCAUUCCCCCUUGUCGCAGCGUGUGCGAGCGGGCACGUGCUGGGUGUGAACGUAUUGUAAAUUUUCAUAACGUUUCUUGGCCGGACUACUUGGAUUGUUCUCGUCUUCCGCGGUAUGACCGAGGCGUCUGUGUAUCGCCGGAAGCCAUUGUCACCUCAACCAAAAAAAUCACCAGCAACGAUACCGGAAACAAGCCGUUUUAUCCUAAACUGAACCCUGAGCCAAAGAACCAACGACCCCCUACCGACGUCGGAUCAAAGGUAUGCAAUUGCAAUCCAAAAGUAUCAAAGCCAAAGCGUAAAAGAUUCAAAAAAGGAAAAUUCCACUUUGCCAUUCAAGGCCGAAUACUGCAACAGGGCAUCAUAAACAAUGCAAAUACCGUCACAAGGGUGGAAGUACUGAAAGUACUCAAAGAAAGCAAAGUCCAAGUGAAAGUGAACGCCACUGUAGAUUUGUGGACCAAUUCUACGUGUGUAUGUCCGAGGCUUAUCAGGAACCGAACGUAUCUGCUCAUUGGGUACGAAGAUGCGGUUACACAACGGUUGCUGUUUCUGGAUAAUUGCUUAGCAGCCAAAUGGAAAAAGAAAUGGGUGAAAAGGUUAAAGAACUGGGAUAAAAAGAAAGGGAAAAAAUGUAGGAACCCCAAAAGUAAACGAUGUAGAAAAGGUCGGAAAAGAAACAAAAAAUCAAGAAAAGGGAAAGGGAAGAACUCAUAGUACAUGUCUGAAAGAAUGGAUGUGAGUUGUUCGACACUGCAGGAUUAGAUCGCAGCGUGAAAACAAAAAUGUCACCGUAAAUUUAUAAUCGCGCAAUUUUAAUUUAAGGUCGUAGAGGUCACAUGUACAAACUAAUUAUGAUUUGUUUAGCAGUCAAAUUGUAAGUAAAUUGUAACAUUUGAAAAAUUUGAAUGUCAUAUUCAUUAUUGUUUUCUCAAUGCAUUGCCUGGUACAUGUAGUUAAUAAAUUAUAGUUUUCGAUUUUCUCCAUUCUUCAAUAGUUGAAAAUUGACAUUAUAAAUAGCAUUUAUUUUGGGGAGGAAACAAACUGUACUAUUAAUUCGCGUUCGGAGAAUCAUGAAUAUUUACUACUGUUUUUACUGUUACUUAGUAACAUUAACGUUACAUUACAAAUAAAAUUGUACUAGUUUUCGAUACUUUUUAUUCAUGUAUGACGAUGUCAUUUAUUUUUCCCCAUUGUGGUUCGGCUUCUUUGGGGGUAUUUACCAAGAAGUAAUUGUACAUGUUUCUGUUAAGGAGUGCAAUAUUUGUAUCUGUCGAAAUGCAAAGUGCGCAUGUGUGGUGUAAAUGAGUACUUUUAUUGUAUAUAUAAGACAUGUUUCUAUAUUUUUGUGUAUAAAUUAUAUUUUUGGGAGAAUAUUGUCCAACUAUUAUUGUUUUUUCUUCGUCAUGUUUAUGUAUAAUUUACUUAUAUUACUUGUUGAUGUUUUAUUUUUAUUUUGCGUACUUUUUUCUCAAGAAAAGCUACAAUCAUCAUGAUUUUGUAUUUAUGCAUGUUUUGAAUUGAAUCGGAUACAUGUGUCAUGAAAUGAACAUGUAUUAAUAUGACAAUAUUUGCAAGGAAUGUGCACUUUACAAGCUCACGACAAGUUGAUAAAACUUCUCUCUUUCAAUAAAUCUUAAAGCUUUGAUAAUUGUAAUCUUUAUUAAAAUGCACUUUUCUAAAGCACAAAGAUAGUGAGUUAUGUAAUGGCUGAAUAUUUUCUACAAUAUUUUGUUUCCAAAUUGAAUCUAAUCAUGCAACCAACGUCCUACCGAAGAAACUCGAAAUGCUGUGAAAUUAUGUGUAAAAAUAUCGUAUGACUUCAAAUAUUGUACCUUGAAACAGAUAUGCUUGUUGAAUAUAAGAAAAAAUAAACUGCUGAAAAUUGAAA